AACGGCGAGAAGGCAUCGUUAGGAGGACACGUUAUCUUUCAUGAUUCUUCGACAUCCUCCUUGGGCAUUGGACGUGUUCGUGAGAUUUUGAUGUCAAACUCUUGCCAGGACGUGCGGCAUGUUGCUAUUCAGAAGUUUACUUUCGGACCUGCUCUACAUCCUUCGCUUCACCUACCGACUUUGGAGCUCACCGACCACGAAGUUGUCAUCGGCCCGCAAGACAUUAAUUGUAUUGUAAAUCUUCAGCACGACUGCGUUAAAGCACAGUGCAUGAAUGUUCGUCAGUGCCGUGUUCUUCAAGAACGAACCGAGACAGCGCGUACAAAGCCCGUUGUUCAGCAUGAACCCUCGCCGUUUUACCUUCUCAAUACAUAUUCGAUUCACAAUUACGCCCAGAUUCAAUCUGUUAUCCCUCAGUCUCUCUGUGAGACACCAUUGAGGGUCACUAAUGUUGCAGAUGUUCGUCUCGCAGCAGCUCAUCAAAUCCGGGAGAAGAAAGCAGCGAAGAAAUCAGGCGAAACACCGGGUGCCGCAUCUGCAAGUGCACUGCCCACUGAUGUGGCUAGAGUUCCUGCCGUUUUUGACCGCCCAGCAGCAAAAAAACCAAAGGCGACGCAGAAAGCAAAAGAGAAGGCACCUCGGCCACGCGCAAAUCCACGACGCCCCGCGAUUGUACAGCCAGCUGCGUCUUCAAGUUCCCAGCUUCUGACACCCACCAUGGCACCAGUCGCUAGCGGAUCUUCCCAUGUCCCAUCAGCACCGGCACUCAUCCCUUCUCAUCUC